AUGGGCAAACUCGACGGCAAGGUCUGCAUCGUCACGGGCGCAUCGAGCGGCAUCGGCCUCGCCGUCGCCACGGCGCUCGCCGGCGAAGGCGCCAAGGUCGUCAUGGUGUCGCGCAGCAUUACCCAGGAGAAGGCGAGCGCGGUGAAGGGCGACACGGUCGCCGUCGCCUGCGACGUCGUCAAGCGCGGAGACGUCAAGGCCAUGGUCGACGGCGUCGUCGACGCGCACGGCGCGGUCGACGUCGUCGUCAACUGCGCGGGCGUCAUGUACUUUACGCUGAUGAAGAACCUCAAGUACGACCAGUGGGAGCAGACCAUCGACGUCAACUGCAAGGGCACGGUCAACGUCUGCGGCGCGGCGCUGCCCCACAUGCUCGGGGCGAAGGCGGGCCACUUCGUGAACAUCAGCUCCGACGCGGCGAAGACGCUCUUCGGCGCGCUGACGGUCUACAACGCGGCCAAGGCCUUCGUCUCCGUCUUCAGCAAGGGCCUCCGCGCCGAGUGCGUCGGCACGGGCCUCCGCGUCACCGACGUCCAGCCCGGCGACACGGCGACGAACCUGAUCCAGCGCAACGACGACGCCGAGGCCGCCGAGAAGAUGGGCGUCACGGUCGGGGCCGUCGUCGGCGGCGGCGACGUCGGGCCGGCCUGCCUCGCGCCGAGCGACGUCGCCGACGCGGUCCUCUACGCGGUCACCGCGCCGGCCCACGUCGGCGUCCACGAGCUCCUCAUCGAGCCCCGGGACCAGAUUUUCGGCGACCCGACGUCCAUGAACGCGUGA